AUGAGCUCAUCAGGAUUGCUUUCUUUAUGUGCUCGACGUUCGAUUCGUCCAUUUCAAUUGCCUAUGGUCGUUUUUCAAUCACAUAAACGAACACUUCAUGAUCAAUCUGAAACACAAGGAGCUGAUUCAAAUCCAGCUUAUGAUUUUGUACGACGUCAUAUCGGUCCAAAUGAACGACAAACAAAAGAAAUGCUUCAAACACUUGGUUUACAAACAAUGGAUGAACUUAUUGAUAAAACAGUUCCAUCAACUAUUAGAUAUCGUGGUACCAUGAAUAUUCCUGAGGCACUUUCUGAGCAUCGUGCUUUAAAAGAAGCCGAAGAAAUUGCAUUAAAAAACGAAGUCUGGAGAUCAUACAUUGGUCUUGGAUAUAAUGAUUGUAUUAUUCCAACAGUUAUUCAACGAAAUCUUUUUGAAAAUCCCGGAUGGUAUACACAAUAUACGCCAUAUCAAGCUGAAUUAUCUCAGGGACGUUUAGAAAGUUUACUCAAUUAUCAAACUGCUAUUAGUGAUAUUACAGGACUUCCUUUUGCUAAUGCAAGUUUACUAGAUGAAGGAACAGCAGCUGGUGAAGCUAUGGCUAUGUGUUUUAGACAUAAUAAACGACCACGAAUGUUUAUUAGUGAUCAACUUCAUCCACAUGUUAUAGAAGUUAUUCGAACACGUGCAAGUGGAUUUCGUGUUCAAAUUGAAAUCUUACCGAUUGAUAAAAUGGAUUUUUCAACAAAAGAUGUGGCUGGUGUUAUUUUUCAAUAUCCAGAUACAAAUGGAAAUAUCUGUGAUCCAUCAGGUUUAAUCGCUCGAGCAAAAGAAAAUGGAACAGUUGUUAUCUGUGGUUCAGAUUUGUUAGCUUUAUGCCUUCUUAAACCUCCUGGAGAAAUGAAUGUUGAUAUAUGUUAUGGAAAUUCUCAACGCUUAGGUGUUCCACUUGGUUUUGGUGGUCCUCAUGCUGCUUUUUUUGCAUGUGCAGAACAAUUUAAACGUGAUAUGCCAGGUCGCGUAGUUGGAUUAACAAUUGAUUCACAUGGAGCAAAAGCUUAUCGUUUAGCUCUUCAAACACGUGAACAACAUAUUCGACAAGAAAAAGCCACAAGCAAUAUUUGUACUGCGCAAGCAUUACUUGCAAAUAUGGUUGCAAUGUAUUGUUUAUAUCAUGGUCGACAAGGUCUUCGAAAUAUUGCAACAAAAAUUCAUACAUUAACAUGUGAUCUUGCAGAAAGUUUAAAAUCUGGUGGAAAUUCGAUAAAAAAUGAAAUAUUUUUUGAUACAUUAAAAAUCAAACCAAAAAUGAGUCUUGAUGAAAUCAAACAACGAGCUAAAGAAAAACGUAUUAAUUUACGUUAUUAUGAUAAUGGAAGUAUUGGUAUUUCAUUAGAUGAAACAAUGAAUGAAAGUGAUGUAGCUGAUAUUAAAUAUGUAUUUAAUGUUGAGAAUAAAUCAUCGAAUGAAAAUACAACAGUUUCACGUGAUUUUGGUCAAUUGACUCGUCAAAGUCGUUUUCUUAAUGCUGAAGUUUUUAAUAAAUACCGAUCAGAAACGAAAUUAAUGCGUUAUAUGAAACAUUUAGAGAAUAAAGAUAUUUCACUUGUACAUUCAAUGAUACCACUUGGAUCAUGUACAAUGAAACUUAAUGCAGCUGCUGAAUUAACACCUGUUUCAUGGGCUCAUUUUAAUAGAAUUCAUCCAUUUGCUCCAUCUACUCAAUGGAAAGGUUAUGUUCGAUUAUUAAAUGAUCUCAAUCAAUUUUUAUGUGAAAUAACUGGUUAUGAUAAAAUAUCCUUUCAACCAAAUAGUGGUGCUCAAGGUGAAUAUGCUGGUCUACGUGUAAUACGAGCUUACCAUGAACACAAUGGUCAACCACAACGAAAAAUUUGUUUGAUUCCAACUUCUGCUCAUGGAACGAAUUUUGCAUCAGCAAUUAUGGCUGGAAUGAAAAUCGAAAAAGUUCCAGUGGAUAAAACAGGUGCUGUUGAUAUGAAACAUUUAGCACAAUUAGCAGCAAAACAUAAGGAUACACUUGCAUGUGGAAUUGUUACCUAUCCCAGUACAAAUGGAGUUUUUGAAGAAACAAUCAAAGAAUUUUGUGAUAUUAUCCAUAAGAAUGGCGGACAAAUUUAUCUUGAUGGAGCAAAUAUGAAUGCUCAAGUUGGUUUAUGUCGUCCAGGUGAUUAUGGUUCUGAUGUAUCACAUUUAAAUUUACAUAAAACAUUUUGUAUCCCACAUGGUGGUGGUGGACCAGGCAUGGGUCCUAUCGGAGUUAAAAAACAUCUUGCACCAUUUCUUCCAAACCAUCCAUUAUUGGACGCCAAUGCUGAUCAUAAUUCAAAAGAUUCAUUUGGUCCUGUAUCAUCAGCUCCAUUUGGUUCAGCAUCUAUUUUACCUAUAUCGUGGAUGUAUAUUCGAAUGAUGGGUGCAUCUGGUCUUCGUCGUGCAACAGAAACAGCUAUACUUAAUGCUAAUUAUAUCGCUAAACGUCUUGAAUCUUCAUAUAAAGUAUUAUUUCGUGGCCAUAAUGGUUUUGCUGCUCAUGAAUUUAUAAUUGAUGUUAGUCAUUUUAAAGAACGUACAGGUAUUGAUGCAGUCGAUAUUGCUAAACGUUUACAAGAUUAUGGUUUUCAUGCACCAACUGUAUCAUGGCCUGUAGCCGGUUCACUAAUGAUUGAACCAACUGAAUCAGAAGAUAAAAAUGAAUUAGAUCGAUACUGUGAUGCAUUAAUUGAAAUUCGAAAAGAAAUUACACAAAUCGAAAAUGGUGAAUAUGAUAAAAAAAAUAAUCCAUUAAAGAAUGCACCACAUUCUCAACAUAUUUUUCUUCAUGAAAAAUGGGUAUUACCAUAUUCAUUACAAAAAGCUGUUUUUCCAAUUCAUUUUGUUUCACCAAAUUAUAAAUUUUGGCCAUCAUGUGGACGUGUGAAUGAUGUUUAUGGUGAUAAAAAUUUAAAAUGUCGUGUUGAUUAA